AAGACACAGAAUUUAAGAUGUCCAAUAUUGGAAUGUGGAAGCAUGCAAAAGGCACUCCUGGCUUUUUUUGGAACGUCAAGUUCGGAGUAGGAGAAGGGGUUGCUAACACGGGUCCAAACAUAGAUGCUACUGGAGACGGUUAUUUUUUGAUCGCGGACUCGAGCAAGAGGAAACGGGAGGAUCGAGCUGUUAUUAUUAGCGAUGAACUCACUCCAGCUCCAAAAGUGAAUCGAGCAUGUCUGAAAUUUCGGUAUUUCAUGCACGGAUCAAAUAUGGGACUUUUAUCGGUGAAAAUUAAACGAGGAAUUCGGAGUAAACCGAAAACCAUUUGGCGAGCUUUCCAAGAAGCUGGAAGACAAUGGAAAAAGGCCAAAGUUACCUUGAAAAGUUCUGUAAAAUUUCAGGUUCUCUUUGAUGCAGCAAUCGGAGAGCCAGAAAAAUCAGACAUUGCUUUAGAUAACAUCUACGUCGACAGUGGAAGCUGCAAAUGUCAAGAUGAAUACCAAAGUUGUCGUGAGUGGGCUUUAGAUAAAAAAUGUAACAGCAAAAACGACAAAACGACCUAUUAUUGGAUGUCUAAGAAUUGCAAAAAGUCAUGUGAAACAUGCGAUUGCAAAGACUUGGCUGGUUUAAAAGAUUGUCGUCGUUGGGAAAAAACAGGAUUGUGUUCUACUUCUUCUGCCUGGAUGUCGGUUCAUUGUCAACUCAGUUGUAGAUUAUGCGCUUGCCAUGACUCUCUUGACUAUUCCAACUGUAAAGCAAGAGUUAGCGCUUUUGAAUGUGAAACACAUCCGCAACUGAUGGCUGACGAAUGCCGCCUAAGCUGCGGAUUUUGUGAUUGUAAGAAUAUCGCAACUGAAGAGGAAUGCCAUCGUCGUAUGACCUUGGGUGAAUGUGCCAGCAAUGAACUUUAUAUGAACACAAAUUGCAAGCAUAGCUGUGGAUACUGCAACUGCAAAAAUAGGCAUUCAAAAUGCAAACUUUGGGCUUCGCAAGGUGAAUGUACGAAAAAUCCUCUCUGGAUGGAGGCUAAUUGUACCCUCAGUUGUGGAAAGUGCAGAUGUCACGAUACCAAAGUUGAUUGCAAGAAAUGGAAGGACCAAGGGGAAUGUUCUAAGAACUCGCUGUAUAUGAACGCGUUUUGCCAAAAAUCGUGUGGAAUAUGCAAAGUAUGAAGUUGAUGUCUGCAUAAGCUCUCAGGUCAGGAGGGGAAGAAGGGACCACAUGCA